AUGAAACCACGAAAGAAACGAAACUUCAAGAACCUCACCCUGCCAGAUUCACCUAUUACAAAGCCUACCGAAACAAAGCCUAAAGAUGAUGAUUGGCAAGACAAUACACCAUUGACGGUUGGACUAGGUACAUUUGAUAUUAGUGUUGAACUAAGAUUGGAUCUACGUUCAGAAGAUUUCGAAACAUUGGAUGAGCUAGGAAGAGGAAAUGGCGGAACAGUACUCAAAGUGAUGCACAGAAAAACACAGACAGUCAUGGCUUGCAAGAUGAUUUAUGUACAAGCCAACAACGCAGUUCGUAAACAGAUCAUGCGAGAGCUACAAUUUAUGCACGACUGCCACUCAAAGCAUAUUGUGAGUUUCUACGGUGCAUUUAUCAAAGGAGGAGACAUCUCUAUUUGUAUGGAGUACAUGGAAUUAGGGCAAGCAAUUAAUAUGGAUUAUAACAUGUGUUUCUCGUACAGGUCUCUCGACACUAUUUAUAAAAAACAUGGGCCGAUUGAGAUUCUGGUUUUGAAUAAAAUCACUUACGCGGUACUCGAUGGACUUAUCUACCUCUACGACACUCAUCGAAUUAUUCAUCGCGAUCUUAAACCAUCCAAUGUCCUCGUCAAUGCCCACGGCCAGAUCAAGUUGUGUGAUUUUGGUGUAUCUGGCCAAUUGAUCAACUCUGUUGCCGACACAUUUGUCGGAACAAGCUCCUACAUGAGUCCAGAGCGUAUUAUGGGAUCACCAUAUUCAGUGAAGUCGGACGUUUGGUCCCUUGGUAUGACGGUAAUGGAACUGGCACUAGGGAGAUUUCCAUUCCCAUCCGACGGAAGACCGUUGUCUAUUUUUGAAUUACUCCAGCACAUAGUCCACGAGCCGGUACCCAGCCUCCCAGUUCAGCCAGAUAAGUAUCCGCCUGAAGUAGUGUCGUUUUGCAAAGCAUGUCUCGUCAAGGAUGUCCAAACACGCGCCACGCCAAACGAAUUAAUGCAUCACCCAUGGAUGAUCGGUGGAAUAACAACCAAAGUCAAUCUUGAAAAAUGGGCACAGAGCAUGAUGCGCCCUUGCUAA